AUGUCAGCGCUCAAACGCAAGGCCGGUGCCUCUGCAGGCAACGACUCGAAAAAGUCCAAAGCAGAUGGUAAUAUCGCUUCCUUUUUUGCUGCAGCACCCAAGCCUGCUGCUGGGACUGCCUCUGCCUCUGCCUCUGCCUCUGCUUCUGCACCAGCCGCCAAGUUUGACAAGACCAAAUGGGUGGAGUCUCUAAAGCCAGAGCAGAAAGAGCUUUUGCAGCUCGAAAUCGAUACCCUUGACGAAAGCUGGUUGGGGCAUCUCAAGGAUGAACUUGUUUCCAAAGAAUUUCUUGACCUGAAACGGUUCAUCGACAGGGAGAUCACCUCUGGUCGCAAAGUGUUUCCUCCUAGGGAUGAUAUCUACUCAUGGUCCCGCCAUACUCCCUUCAGCAAUGUCAAAGUCGUCAUCGUUGGCCAAGAUCCUUACCACAAUGACAACCAAGCUCACGGACUGGCGUUCUCGGUUCGGCCCCCGACUCCCGCGCCACCCUCUCUCAAGAACAUGUACAUUGCUCUCAAGAAGGACUAUCCCACUUUCGAGCCACCGCCAAACCGCGGAGGUCUCCUCACACCCUGGGCAGAACGUGGUGUCCUCAUGUUGAACACUUGCCUUACAGUCCGAGCUCACGAGGCCAACUCCCACUCUAACAGAGGUUGGGAAAGGCUUACACAAAAGGUCAUCGAUAUAAUUGCCCAGAAAAGGACGAGGGGCGUGGUGUUCAUGGCUUGGGGAACACCGGCUGGUAAGCGAGUGCAAAAGAUCGACCGCGUCAAGCAUCUCGUGCUGCAGAGCGUCCAUCCCAGUCCUCUCAGCGCAUCCCGUGGUUUCUUCGACUGCAAUCAUUUCAAGAAGGCCAACGACUGGCUCGUAUCGCGAUACGGACCCGAUGGAGAGAUCGACUGGGCGCUGGGACCUGGCUCAUCUACCAAGACCCCUGUCAAGGAGUCCGAUGCUAACGAGGCCAAGGUGGCUGAGAAGAAGGCCGAGGCUAUUGAGAAGUCCAAGCCCGAGGCUGUCAAGAAGGUCGAGGAAGACAAGGAAAACGAUGUUGACUUCGACGAGGAUGAGGAGGCCUUAGAAGAGGCCCUCAGGUUAGCCGAGGAAGAGGAGAAAGAAAAGAAAAAGUAA